AUGGAGCGUGGCGGCGAGCAGGUGCCGUACUUCCUCGUCAGCAAGGAGGGGCUGCCGCUCGACGGCUCGACGCCGACGCUGCUCUACGGGUACGGCGGCUUCGAGAUCAGCCUGACGCCCUCGUACUCGGCCGGCAUCGGCGCGGCGUGGCUCGAGAAGGGACAUGCGUACGUGCAGGCGAACAUCCGCGGCGGAGGCGAGUACGGCCCUCGCUGGCACCAGGCCGCGCUCAAGGAGAAGCGCAGCAAGGCGUACGAGGACUUCGAGGCGGUCGCACGCGACCUGAUCUCGCGCGGUGUCACCUCGCCAGCGAAGCUCGGCUGCCAGGGCGGCUCCAACGGCGGACUGCUCACGGGCAACAUGCUCGCGCGGCCGACGGCGGGGAGCACGCUCUUCGGCGCCAUCGUGUGCCAGGUGCCGCUGCUCGACAUGCGCCGCUUCCACAAGCUCCUCGCAGGGGCGAGCUGGAUGGGCGAGUACGGCGACCCAGACACGGACGACUGGUCCUUCCUGCAGCGCUACUCGCCGUACCACAACCUGGACGAGGCCACCGCCUACCCGCCCAUCCUCGUCACCACGUCGACGCGCGACGACCGCGUGCACCCCGGCCACGCGCGCAAGCUUGUGUCCAAGCUGCUCGACUUGGGCAAGGGGCCGUCCACCUUUUACUAUGAGAACAUCGAGGGAGGGCAUGGCGGCGCGGCAAACAACAAGCAGCGCGCCUUCAUGUCGACGCUCGCUUACUCCUUUCUUGAGCAGACACUCGCUGGUAAAAAUCGCGGAGAGUAGCGCCGUGGACUGUGAUCACGCUCAUGUUAGCAUGUGUGUAUAGGAUGUAGCGAGGAAGGUGGUGCUUUCUAUUCGCUAUAGAAUAUACGAAGAAUG